AUGCCGGAAGUAGCAGAAGUUGCUCACGCGUGCGCCCUGCUCCGAAGAAAUGUUGUUGGUUUGACCGUACGGCGUGCAGUUUUGCCUUUGGACAAUUUGCUUUUCCCGAUAUUGAAAACUGCCGAGAAUCCGGCAGCGGUCAUUCACCAGACAGAGAAUCAUUUGGUUGGUGCCACAGUUCAGAGCCUGGGCCGCCAUGGCAAGUAUUUUUGGCUCAGAUUCAGGACGGCAUUGGGUGCCCCUCUAGUCAUGCUAAUGCACUUUGGCAUGACAGGGAGAAUCCGCAUGCGGGACGUCCACUCCCAUAUGAUAUUCAUGGAGAACGGCGGGGAUAGGAAGGUGUUGGAGGCAAAAAACUCGCAUAUUGCGGGAGGCGAUAUCGAGCAGGAAAAAGACACAGAGAAGGCCGCGGAUAGUGAAUCCUUGCCUGAAGUUUGGCCACCCAGAUUCACCAAAUUUGAGCUUUUUUUUUCGGGCCCCAGCUCUGCGCCCGGACGCUCCAUUGAUUUGGCCUUCCUGGAUCCUAGACGCUUGGCCCGAGUGCGUUUUCUCAUGGGUGAAGAGUACUCCACAGACAACAAGCUUUUGCUGAUGCCACCGCUACGGGCCCUAGGCCCGGACUACUCGAAACAAGGCACGGAAAGGAGCACCUUGGAUGGCGAACCCCUGCCCGAUAGCCUUGCCGAUUUUAGUGGGGACCCCGACCCGAACCACCAUGGCCGGCCACGGCUUUCGCCUGAAGAGUUUGCGCCACUUGUUCUCCUGAAGAAAAAGCCCAUCAAGGCGUUCUUGCUUGACCAAGAGUUUUUCGCAGGGAUAGGCAAUUGGGUCAGCGACGAAAUCCUCUACCACGCAAGAAUCCACCCAAGCGAAGUGAUUUCCAGGAAGAUCUCGUCACCGGAACACCCGGUACUCCGCCGGCUCUACGAUGCGAUAGUUUUUGUGAUGGAAGAGAGCGUACGCGUUGAAGGAAACGCCAGGCUUUUCCCUGAGGACUGGCUCAUGUUGCACAGAUGGGGCAAGGGCAGGAAGGAGCCGCGAGCUGUCACCACUGCGGGUUAUACGGUGGAUUUCCUGACCGUCGGUGGGCGGACGAGUUGCUUCAUCCCCGAGCUUCAGAAGCCGUUAAAAACAGAAGACGGUAGCGAGAUGGCAAGGGACGUAAAGCCAAAAAAGGAUAUCUUGCUUGAUAAGACGCCAACGCCCAGCCCGAAAAGCACACGACGAAGCAAGGCGGUCGAGAUAGCGAAGAUUAAAGAAGAGGAAAAUGUAGGGGUCAAAAGGAGAAGGAGGGAUGGCCACUGA